AUGAUUGACAAGAACAAACCUACGCUAAAACGCCAAGCCUCAUUGAAGGAAAAAGGCCGCGGAGCCAAAUCGACAGACAAAGCGAGUGCAAAAACCCUCCCGGCUGACGCGACAUCGCAUGGAGAAUCGGCAAAGAGUGAGGCCGCUAGCGCUGUAUAUCUAGGUCUCAGACACACUGGCAUCACAACCUAUGUUGGUCUACAGCCGAGCGAUCACUAUGCUUGGGACCAAAUCGAACGACUGGGAUGUGACUCCAAGGACUUUAUCGUCUAUCUCAAAGCUGAUGAGACGAAGCCUCAUCCGGUGAUAUUCCGCUGCGAGACGAAGGCAGCAGCGCUUGCCCUCUGGAAGUGGACCGUAGAUAGAAAGAGCUUUUUCACGUGA